GAAACAAACUGAUUCAUCUCACCUACCUGAAGUAAUGAAUUCACCAGUGGUUAUCACUGAUCCUGUUACUCCUCCAACCCUUGUUCCAAAACAUAGGCGAGGUCAGCCAAAAAAUACUCAAAGAAGACGACGUGCUAAUACAAGUACUUCAUCUACUUCUUUGAAUUCCAGUAAGAUGUCAACUUCUAAUUCAACUGAGAAUGAUUCAACUAUUCAUCAGCCAUCUACUGUUCGAAAGAAACCGAGGGUACAACUUUCUUACAAUAGUGAAGACGAGCCAAUAGCUGCACAAAGCUUAAAUGUAAAUAUACUGGCAGAUAAUCAUGGAUAG